UCAGGAAGCAGCGAGGAGACAAACCACCAUCAGCAACAACAAUAGCGGGUCGCCAUUCCUUCCCAUUUAGACACGAACACCUGUAAAACACACCUUUCUCCACGCAGCCGACGCGAGGCAGCUCUUUGUCCCUCACGAUGACGGCGGCAGUGUUCUUCGGCUGCACCUUCAUCGCCUUCGGACCGGCCAUCGCGCUCUUCCUCUUCACGAUCGCCCGGGAGCCGCUCAGGGUCAUCUUCCUCAUCGCCGGAGCGUUCUUCUGGCUGGUGUCUCUGCUGCUGGCGUCUCUGGUUUGGUUCAUCUCGGUUCAGAUCAGCGACAAGCAGAGCGCCGCCCAGCAGAAGGGGCUCCUGGUCUUCGGCGUGGUCCUCUCCGUGCUGCUGCAGGAGGCCUUCCGCUUCGGCUACUACAAGCUGCUGAAGAAGGCGAAUGAAGGCCUCCUCAUCCUCAGCCAGGAGGAAACCAUGCCCAUCUCCAUCCGGCAGCUGGCCUACGUCUCGGGCCUCGGCUUCGGCUUCAUGAGCGGAGCGUUCUCGGUGGUGAACAUCCUGGCGGACUCCGUGGGGCCGGGAACCAUCGGGAUCCACGGAGACUCCCAGCACUACUUCCUGUCCUCGGCCUUCAUGACGAUGGCCAUCAUCCUGCUCCACAUGUUCUGGGGUGUCGUCUUCUUUGACGGCUGCGAGAAGAAGCGCUGGUGGGCGGUGGCUGCUGUGGUCGCCAGCCACCUCCUCGUCUCCUGUCUGACCUUCCAGAACCCCGAGUACGUGGGCAGCCUGGUUCCCACCUACGUGGUCCUGGUCCUGAUGGGCGUCUGGGCCUUCUACACCGCCGGCGGCUCCCUGAGGAACCUCAAGCUCUGCCUCACCUGCAAAGACAAGGACUUCCUGCUCGCCAACCACCGGCCCAGAUAACGCCGCGGCGCGUUGGGCAGGACUCUACCGGAAGAUCGUCGUGUUCAUACACACACUGAACACACACACAGACACACACACACACAGACACACUUCACUCUGUCUCGACAUGUUGAAAUCUAAAAACACCAAAAGUUCCUGGAAGAAAAGCAACACAAAGUUAAAUUUAGAAGCUCGUUUAAAAAGAUUUUUUCAUGAGGAUCAAUUCACAAAACGACUCGCGGUCUCCAGUGUGGCUCUGAAUCAAACCCACCGGAGGUCUUUUAGGUCGGCGGCACUCUUUCACAUUCUGUACAUACUCUUCAAAUUUCUAGCGUUGAGUUUCUCACUUAUGAACAACAGUCUUUGUGUAAAUAAUUAUGACUUUUAAACCCCGAUGUGUAGAUAGUUAAAGAACUUGCCUUUUUGAUUUGAAACGAGAUUUACGGAUGACGGGCGUUUUCUUUUUGUUCUUUUGAUUCUGGAUGCGCCAACUAUGACAUUUUGGGCCAAUUCAAUGUUUAAAUAAAACAAUUUGACGAUAUAUUUGUUUACUUCUCUUUGUGCUUGGGAUACAUGUUGAUCAUAAAAUAAAACUGUUUUAAAGUCAA